AUGCUUCGCUUGAAUCAUGAACCACUCCCUAAACUCCAGCUCAGCUACAUCAGUGCUUUGGUUUUCCAGCACACUGUGAUCCUCUUUCUGCUGACACACUCCUGUAGAGGUGGCCAGUCUCAGGGGGCUGGACCAUCUCAGACAAUAGUGACAUUAGUUGGUAAAGACGUUACAUUGCCGUGCCACUUGGACCCCCCCCUGAAUGCCUUUUCCAAGAGUCUGGAGUGGGGGAGACCGGACCUGGAGCCCCGGUUCGUCCAUGUGUGGCACCAGGGUCAAAACAUUCUGGUGGACCAAAACCCGACUUACAAAGGACGAACGUCUGUGUCGCCUGAGAAACUGAAGCAUGGAGACCUCUCACUGGAACUCUCUGGGGUCAAACACUCUGAUAAUGGAAAAUAUAGAUGCUACUUUCCCUCACAACAAAAAGAAUCUACUGUUGAGCUUGUUGUUGGUUCUGUCUCCUCACCCCUCAUGGCACAAUUGCACUUAAAGAACGUUGGAGUGGUUCUCCAGUGUGAGUCUUCUGGCUGGUAUCCAGAGCCUGAGGUGUUGUGGCUGGAUGGUGAGGGAAAGCUCCUCUCUGCUGGACCUACAGAGACAGUCAGAGGUCCUGAUGACCUCUAUACUGUCAGCAGCAGAGUGACUGUGGAGAAGAGACACAGCAACAGCUUCACCUGUAGAGUCCACCAGAAGCACAUUAACCAGACCAGAGAGACAUUCAUUCAGAUUGCAGCUGACGGCUUAGAGUAUAGGUCUGCUGUUCCUAUCGGCGUUCUCGUGCUUGCUUUCAUUACUGUCAUCCUUGCAGCAGCUUUUGUUGUGUGGAAAUGUAAACUAAACCAAACUGAAGGUAACUCUACACUCUAG